AUGGCAGAGUGUCUUCCCUCUUUAUCGGAUCUGAGGGCAGAACGUACCCUCGCAGAAAUCAACCAGGAGCUUCAGUUGCAGCUGGAAAAGUACAAGCAGGACUUCAGAGACCUCACAGAGAAAUUCCUCAUAUCCCAAGCGACUGCUUACUCCCUGGCCAACCAUCUGCAGAAAUACAAGUGUGACGCAUGUAAGGACAUCGUUGAAUCCGUGCUGGGGGAGAAGCUGCCGGGUGAGGCGCGGAGGCCAGCAGAGAAGCUGGCAGAGAAGCCAACGCUUGACGAAAGGUUGAGAACAUGUGACAUCCUAAUUCGAAGUCAGGCACGAGAGCUGACCCAGCUACGGCAGACACUACAGAACGGGAAAGAUGACUCUGCCCUGCUCAAGCAGCACCUCAAGGACCUCCUCACCCACAGUGACCUGGACAAGCACCAGAGACAGGGCUUCCGAGAGAGCCUGUCUGAGGGAUACCGCUUGGCAGAGCGCCUUGCCUGCAAGCUCAGCCCAGAAAUCGAUGAAGAUGAAGAUGACGAACAAGCACAAGAAACACCAACCCCCAGUGUGAACGUGCAGGAUGUGGAAAAGACGGUGGUGUUCCCACAUUCCCAGGAUGAAUGUCUUUCAGUAGCUUCCACUCCCCAGGAAGGUUCUGCCUGCAACCAGCCUUACAAUGAUGGGGAAGUUGCAUUUGAUGAAGAGAAUGUGAAGUCUGCCGUGGAUGGAGCCUGUGGUUGCCCUCAGGCUGAAGAGGAUGAAAUUCCAACUGGUCUCACAGAAAAGCAGAAUGAUCAUGAUGACCUGAAAGGACCGGAGGUGGUUGCCCCGAGGUUCAGCAGACAGAUGCCACAGAUGGCAGAAUAUGGUGCCCUGCAGAACUCUCUGGAUGACUAUUAUCUGACUUACUCGGGUCUUCCUAGCCUGGCACACACCUGCUGGUCUUAUAGGAGCACAGCCAUCUUCUCACCUGAGGACCUGGAUGUCUCCUAUGCUCGGGAUGUAACCGAAAAUCUUGCUGAUCUUGAGGACGAGGAAAAUCAAGACAUCAUCUGCUCUAGGUAA